AUGGCGUCCUGUUUGAUCGUCAGCACACCAAACGACUCGGGAGCUGUUCGGUCCAUCAGCUCGCCCGAACAUACUGACUACAGCUCGCUCACUACGGACAGACAGAGCGCGUGUUAUGCCAAAUCGCUGGACGAAACGUGUCUGCUGCUCGCAAAGACCGCUGCAGCACGUCAACGUCAAGAAGAUCAGGUGCCUUCGUUUUCUGACGAGGCAUGGGCGAUCUGGAGCAUGGGCUGGCAAGUGAGCGUCACGACUGUCUGCCGCAUUGCUCUGUCGACCAUCAGCACCGCGUUUCUAGGGCGACUGGGCUCGAAAGAGCUCGCGGCCAGUGCAUUGGCCAACGUGUGGACAAGCGGCGUGCAGGUCCUCAUCUUUGGCAUUGCCGAGUCCGUGUGCACGCUCUGCAGUCAGGCGUAUGGAGCGCAGAACUACCGCCUCGUGGGCAUUUGGCUACAACUGGCACUGCUCUUCCUCGUGGUGCUGUCCGUCCCGGUCAUGGUAUCGUUCUACUUUGUAGACCGCAUCUUGAGCGCCGUGACGGCUGACCGUGACGCCCUAGCACUGGCUGGCACGUAUGCGAGGUACUUGACACUGAGUGUCCUUCCGCAAGCGAUUUACUGUGCGUUGACACAGUACUUACAGGCUCAGGAGAUCGUGUGGCCUGCUACGAUCAUUAGCGUCGCGAGCAUUGCAGUGGCUCUGAGCGCCAACUACCUCUUUAUCUACGGCUGGGGACCUGUUCAUGGACUCGGCUUUAUUGGCGCACCCAUUGCACAGGCAGUGUCGUCAAUCUUCCAGCCAGUUGUGCUGGUGAUCUAUGCGUUUUGGUACAAGAGGUACCACAAGAAGACGUGGUAUGGCUUUGACGUGGCCGCGUGUUUGCAAUAUAAGCGCAUGUGCACGUUUGCCUGCUUGUCGGCAGGCAUGACGGUCAACCUGGCACUGGACGAAUGGGUGUACAACGUCAUCUCGGCUCUAGCAGGGUAUCCGGGUUCGCGAAAUUUGGCAGCAAACAGUAUCCUGUUCAACUUGUGGGGCCUUAUCUUUGGACUGUACUGGGGCUUUGGCUUACCCACACAAGUUCGGGCGGCGAACUACCUCGGAGCGAAUCGUCCAUGGGCAGCGAAGCGUACGCUUCACGUUGGCUUUGUGCUUGGCGGGUCCACGGCUUUCAUCUCGGCACUGCUGACAUACGCGUUCCGUGACCCCAUCGCACGCUUUUUCACGAGUGACCCCAUUGUGAUUGCUGCUCUUACCAGCACGAUGCCGAUCUUUUGCGCCGCAGUGUUUAUCUCUGGUCUGCAUGUGAUCAUCUCGGCUGUUGUAGAGGCCAUGUCGCUCGCCACGACGUUAGUGAUUAUCACAAUGAUCGGCUCGUGGGUUGUCAUGCUGCCAGCAUCGUAUCUAUUCGGCCUCUACUGGAACGGCGGGCUGCAUGGUCUAUGGUGGGGUAGCGUGUGCGGUGAGACUGUCAAGUUUUGUCUACUGGCACUCGCAUUGUGGCACAUAAAUUGGCGCAAUAUGGCACGUCGUGCAGUGGUUCAGUCGGAGAUGACGUACUGA